CUGAGAUAGCGUUUAUUGUACAUUUUGGUGGUCCGCUUACCUUUAUUCAGGAUGGUACAGUAACCCUGUCGGUCUACAAGACGCUGUUCAUUUCUCCUGGACUUCUUGUUGUACCAUGGCUCGGCGGAAGGCUUUGUGCUGUGGCCUGAACUCUCUGGAGGUCAUCCUCAUGGUUUUGUUUGUGGUCAUGACUGCAGUAUCUGUGGGGCUCAUCACAGUCAUGGCCAUCCCCUGGGAAGACCAAACACAGGGACCAGAGCCUACAGAAGAACCGAAGGAGAACCCGUACCUGAUAGGUGUAGGCAGGGCAGACUGCACAGGGCCGCCUGCUGAUAUCCCCCUGAUGGGCUAUGCACACUUGGAGCAGACUGCUGGGGGCAUCCACACCCGUCUCUUCAGUAGGGCCUUCAUAGUGGAUGACGGGAGCAAGAGGGUGUUGUUUGUUACCGCAGACAUCGGCAUGGUCUCUCAGAGGCUACGGCUGGAGGUGCUUAAGGAACUCGAGUUGAUAUACGGGAACAUGUACAGGCAGGACAACGUGAUUCUUAGUGGUACCCACACGCACUCCGGUCUGGCCGGCUACUUCCAGUACACCCUCUUUAUGAUCACCAGUAAAGGAUACAUCAGACCGUCCAUCCAAGCCAUCGUGAAUGGAAUUGUCAAGAGCGUUGUUAUAGCGCACAGGAAUAUAAAGCCUGGGAGAAUCUACAUAAGCAAAGGAGAGCUUGAGGAGAGCAACGUAAACCGAAGUCCAUACUCUUAUCUGAACAACCCAGCAGAGGAGAGGAACAAGUAUAAAGCCAACACAGACAAGCAGGUGACACUUCUGAAGUUUACAGACCUGGAUGGAGAUGGUAUAGGCAUGCUCAGCUGGUUCGCUGUCCACGCUGUCAGUAUGAACUACACCAAUCGCAUGGUCAGCAGUGAUAAUGUGGGUUAUGCCUCUUACCUUCUGGAACAGGAGAAAAACAUUGGCUCCUUGCCUGGAGAGGGACCUUUCGUGGCUGCCUUUGCCUCUUCAAACCUUGGAGAUGCAACCCCCAAUAUCAAAGGGCCCUUCUGUGCCAACACUGGGGAGGCCUGUGAUUUCCUCAACAGCUCUUGUCCAGUUGGAGGGACAAAAAUGUGUAUUGGACUGGGUCCAGCAGGAUCUAACAUGUUUGAAAACACCAAAAUCAUAGGAGAGAACAUUUACAAAAGGGCCAAGGAUCUGUAUGGUAAAGCCAGUCAGGAGGUACGCGGGCCCCUCCAUGCAGCCCAUCAGUGGGUCAACAUGACCGAUGUGACCGUCCAGCUCAACUCCACACACAUGGGCAGAACCUGUAAACCAGCUCUGGGCCACAGCUUCGCCGCAGGGACUACUGAUGGAGGAGGCGACCUCAAUUUUACACAAGGGGCUGUUGAUGGUGACCCAUUUUGGGAUGGCAUUCGAGAUGCUCUGCUUGGAGCUCCUUCCAAUGAGACACAGGACUGCCACAAACCAAAACCUAUUCUCUUUAGCACUGGAGAGAUGAACUGGCCCCUCCCCUGGCACCCAAGUAUCGUGGAUGUCCAGAUGAUCACUAUAGGACCUUUAGCAAUUGUGGCUAUCCCUGGAGAAAUGACCACAAUGUCAGGGAGGAGGAUAAGAGAGGCUGUCAAGCAGGAACUGGAGGCCCAGGGCACAUUCCAUAACACAGAGGUGGUUGUUGCUGGCCUGUGUAACAUCUACACUCAUUACAUCACCACAUAUGAGGAGUAUCAGAUCCAGCGUUACGAAGGAGCGUCCACCAUCUUCGGGCCUCAUACGCUCUCGGCAUACAUCCAGAAGUUUAGAGGCCUGGCCAAGGCCAUUGCAGAGGGGAAAGAGCAAGAGCUGCCCAAGGGUCCCGAGCCACCUUUCUUCAAGGAUGGUCAGCUGUUCAAUUUGCUUCCAGCUGCACCCAUAGACAAAAAGCCAGUCAACACCACUUUUGGAGAGGCUUUACAGCAAGUGAACCCAGAGUAUAGGGUGGGCGAGGUGGCCUCUGUAACAUUUGUAGCAGGGAAUCCAAGACACUCGGGAGACAUGAGGGACAAGACUUUUGUCACUGUGGAAAGGUAUCACAACAACACAGCAACCUGGGAGGUUGUUCAUACAGAUGCAUCUUGGGAGACAAGGUUUCACUGGGUGAAGAAUGGAGCAGAGAGCAACACCACCAUUGAGUGGCAUAUCCCCCUGUCAGCCGAGCCUGGCUCCUACAGGAUCCGGCACUUUGGACACUACAAGCAGCGCAAGGGGAUAUUCGACACUGUCAUCACAGCGUACGAGGGCGCAUCUGGCGUCUUCAGAGUCUCCGAAAGGACCAGUUAUUACUGACCGCUGAUCAGUGAGGGAGACACACUAUCGUCUACACCUCAUAAUCCCUAACAUGAGGAUUCUAUAUCUUCUCUAUGUCAACGCAGUACAAUUCAUGUAUGGUACAAAGCACUGAAAAACGUCCAUGCUCGUAUGUAUAUGAAGUUAGUAUAUGAGUUUAAGUCCCAAAUUUGGGCUGCACUCAGUUGGGUGUAGGGGAAAAUAUUUCAGUGGCUGCUCUUUUUGAGGAUUUUCAGUCCGCCAGACUUAAAGAUGCAGUGUGUUUCUUCUAGACACUCGGAUCACAAGCAUCAGGGAAAUUUGGUUUUGUUUAGUUAGUUCAAAAUGUUAUUAAUUUGGACAAAAUCCCAUAGUUCCCAUGCUAGUCCCAUGGUGCAUUACAGAACAGAAGAUAAUAAAAUAAUGACAAAAACGCCACAGUAUUUUUUUCAUAUCACCAAAUCUCUGGUUUAACAUUUAUUAUGUGCUCUUCGCAGGUUUUCAGUAUGUAAUUAUGUGCUGUCCCAACUUUAGUUGAAUGGAUUCUGGAAGUAUUGUGGCUCAUUUCUUAAUUUUGUGUAGAAAAAAGGUGUAUUCAAUAAAGUGAAUAUAGCAAGUU